AUGAGGUCUUUUACUCACCUCACAGCCAUCAUGGCAACGGCCACCCUCUCUGUCCUCGCCGCAUCCUCCCCCGCCCUGACCUUCACCUCUGGCAAGUUCUCCAUCACCACCCUCGAUGGCUCCUCAAGACUCAGCGAUACCUUUACCCCUUCAUCUCCCAUCUCCUCUCUGGGUCCCGACGACCUCGUCAGACUCGAAUCGGAUGAAAUCUUGAGGCUAAAUCUGGUGGUGCCCACUAGUAGCGGGGCCGCGCAUGGAGAUGGGGAGAGCAGCAGCAGCAGUAGCAGCAGCGAGAGCUCUUCCGAAGAGGAGUCCGUCGAUGGCGAACCCGUCGUCAAGAAGUCCUCCAAGUCAUCAACGAGCAGUGUCAGCAGCAGUGUUGGCAUUCCAGAGCAGAUCAUUGUACAGCUCGUCAAUGUCGCCCAGCCAUCCAAGAUCGCCGGCUUCCACACUACCGUGAACAGAGAGGACGGCAAGGUCUCUUGGAGCCAACGAGUGGACCGUCUGCCUGCCUCGCUCAGCGCUGAGAACCCUACAUACAAGGUUCGUCUCCUCCUGGGCUCAACACGCGCAGCGCAACCUCUCUCGCUCGAUCUGGGACAGAUCGACAUUCCCUCUCUGGGCAAGGUCAGCGCAGGAAAGCUUUCCCCAAGGGAGCAGGCGGCCCAGGACCUCGGCUUCUUCCCUUGGGAGGAGAGGAGGCAUACUUUUAGAAAGGAAGUUACAGAAGAUAUGCCAGGCAGGACACGCUCCCUCGUCGUAGCAGCCAUCAUCGUCAUCGUGCCCUGGAUUGUCCUCUCUGGUCUCCUUUCCACCAUCCUCCCCUCGCUCGAGUACGGAGGCAAAGGGUCAUCACCAACAAAGAUCUCCACCUCGCUCCUGUUCCUCGCACUCUUCUUCCUCGAGACGCUUGCAUACAGGUACUACAGGGGAGACUUUGUCCUCUUUACCAUGCUGCCAUACUUUCUCGUCGGAGCGGCAGUGGCUACCGCUGCUAUUCUUGCGGGAGCGGUCAAGGGCGUGGGGCUCAGGACGGGCGUUUAAGUGGUGGAGGGCGCAAAGGAAGAAACGGAGAGAGCGUGGGUGUAGUAGGGAAGUCAGUGGAUGGUUAGGACGGUGGUAUUUGGAAUCAGACUAGAGACACGUGUAGACGCUUCAGCAAAAGGGCGACGACCCAUGAUCAACUUGCGUUGUAUAUAUUCCAACAAGUUGGUGUGCUUUUGCCAUCUUUCGACUGCUCCGAAGUGCGAGCUGACGAGUGUGGUGCAGGAAUAUCUACUGUUGCUCUCGAGACGGCGGGUCGGCUGGAAUCGGGAGGCAGAAGCCGGGGAAGGCUCAUUCGUCACAUUUCCUCACAGCAACCGCGCCAGCGGGACGAACUCUCGUCGUGUCUACCCCUUGACUCAGCAGUAUUCUGCCCCUGCCCUUCUUCCCUUCCCUCCCUCUUCUCUCACCUCCCUCGUCACCCUCAUUCGCUCCACUACCUUCCAAGUCAUCACUACUCUUUCUUGCUCGACAAGACACGCGCA